AUGCGUGGCAGGAGGUACGCCGCCACGAUCUGGAACCCGUUCUUGAAGAAGGCCAUCCGGCUCGGCUCGUACGGGACUGCCGUGGAGGCCGCGUACGCCUACGACGCCGCCGCGAGGAGCGUUCUUGGGCGCUGGGCGAGGCCCAACUUCCCCGAGCUCUCGGCGGCGCCAGCGGCGAGGGAGGUCAUUGCAGCGGAUCUCGCGCGGGCAAGGCGUGCUGCGGAGCCCGCGCGCCAGCAGCAGCAGGCGCCUCGGCGUCAGGCGCCGCUGAUCCGCUGCUGGGUGCCUGCGCCAGCGGGCGCCGCGGCACAGCACCAGGAGCGCGUCGCACCGCCGGUGUUCGCGUUCCGGCGCGAGGCGGCGCCACAGUACAUGCGGCUACACUACCGUCCAGGCUCCGCCGCCACUGGCGGUGGACUCUACGCGGUGGCUUUCGUGCCGGGCGUACCCGAUCUCAACGAUCCGGUCCCCGAUACUUCGAGUAGCGAACUGAGCAGCACGGAGUCAGGCUCGGCUCCCGCCGCCCCUAACCGCCGCGAGCUGCCCCACCUGCCGGCACUGGCCGUCGAGCCCGACCAGUCCAUGGUCGGGGAUAAUUUCACGGACUCGUCUGCUGCAUGA